AUGUUCUUUUUUAAUCUGCUUAUUUGCGAAAUGAAUUUUAUUUUUAAUGAGACUUUUUCUCACUAUCAAUAUUUGUUAAAUUUCUCUAAUAUCAAUUCAUUCAUUCAUCACUUACAAUUAAUGAAUAUUAGAAAAUCUCAUACUGUGAAACUGCAACGUAAGAAUUUACAAACUUGUAGAAAGACAAGAGUUGAUAAAGUUAAAGCUCCAUCUCACGAAGAUAACUAUUCGAGGGUUAAAAAGAAAAUACAAGAUCCAAUUGAAAUUUUAAGCGAGUUCCAUAUCGAAUCUUUGGAAUCAUUUAGGUUUUGCAUUUUACUCAUUAAAAUAUCAGUCUUUUGUUUAGCUUCAAGUGUCUUGGUAUUCUAUAUUGGAAGUACAAUUAAAAAGAUCUUGAAAGUUUCGCUUGAUUAA